AUGUCCUCGGCUCCCCAGGAACCCUCGAGGCGCGUCGAUGGGCCGUUCAUCCUAAAGCCUCUUCUCGACGAGGUGCCGCUGUCGGCAGAUGGGUCAGAGUCAGACGUCAAGAUUAACUGCGUCGACUAUUACGACAACAACCUGUACGUCGGCACCAGCGCAUCCGAGCUAUUACAUUUUGUCAAAAUCCCUCCAGACCCUAGUGAUAGAACCGGACGUCCUGUAUAUAUACUUGCCUCUCGUCUGGCCCCAUACUAUGCAGAGCCCUCGGGCGCCUCUUCCGGGUCGCUCCCUGGUGUCCAGCAGAUCCUUAUCCUCCCUCGCGCAGGCAAGGCCUGCAUCCGCUGCAACUGGACCGUGACAUUUUAUUCUCUCCCCGAGCUCAGCCCUGCCUACGGGAACCGCAAAUUGAGGAAUUGUAGCUGGAUUGGCGGUGUUGACCUUAAUGAGCCCUUCGACAGCCAGGCGCAUGAUGGCCGCCCCGCUGCCCAGACAGUUCUUGUUUCGCUCAAUAGGCUCAUUCAGGCUAUCCGGCUCGGAGAGGAGCCUCGAAUAGUUCACGAUAUUCCUCUACCCGGAAGUACCCUCUCUGUUCGCCGAGAUGCCAUCGCAUGCGUGGCCGACUCCAAGUCAUACCUGCUCCUCGAUGUCGAGAGGCAGUUGAGAAUUCCCUUGAUGAGCAUCUCGUCAUUGGACGAGUCACCGCCUCCCGAUGAAAUUGGACAUGCACAGAGUCUACCCGCCCCUUCGCCAACCGGCGGCGUCACCAGGAGUAAUUCCUCGGCCCACAACCGACCAUCCAUGGGCGCUCAGAGCCACAGUCGAAGCACAAGCUUGGGUACAUCCGUCUUCCAGCCCGACUCUGGGCCAUCAACGCCGUCGAGGAGUCCUCCGCCCGGUGAAGAUGGCGCGACCCCUUCGUCAACCAACAAGCCGCUGCCCCAACCGCCUUCGAGGACUGGCACACCAUCUCAGCCGCAGAGACAAGUUUUCCUAAAACCCCACAUUGCGUCGCCUACGCCUGAAGAGUUCCUGGUUAUCAGGGGUACAAGCCCAGUCGAGCCGUGCAUUGGCAUGUUUGUCAACUUGGACGGGGAUCCUACCAGGGCCCCUGUCAGCUUUGAACGAUUUCCUAAGGAAAUGGUUGUCGACUGCGCCUCGUCAGAUCCUUCGCAGCCAACCCCGCAAGACGAUAAUGACGGCUUCGUUCUGGCAUCAAUGGCUAAGGAGACGGAACAAGGGAUUCGGCAUGGAAUCGACAUCCAGCCACUCAAUGCUUCGGACGGGCCAGAAAACGAUCGGUACUGGCUAGAAGCCGAGGAUGUCGACGGUUCUGUCGUGUACGGGAUCCGAUCUCUGACGGGCAGUGACUCAACUGAGAUGGAGGAGAUCGUGUCCCGGCUACGUCAGAAGAAGUUCACGCCCUUCUCGAUCAGCGCGGACACGUCUACGGUCUCACUCAAGAGCGCCGACUCGCGCACAGCGCUGUCCAUCGAGCGACUCUCCAAAGAAAAGGAGCUGUUUGACUCGGACUCGCAAGACGGGGAGGCACUGCCGGAAGGGUGGGAAGCAUCGCGAGAUACAGAGGCAGAAGAAUUCACACGGCGCCUCGCCCAGACACAGACACGACUAGCCGUGUGGGUGGGCAACCGCAUAUGGUGGGCGAUGCGCAACCCACUGGUCGCGAGAUAUGACUCAGUACUAGAGGCGGCAUGCCCUGCAGGGUACGUGGGAUCGCAAAAGAUUGACCGCCGUGCUGUGGUAUCGGUGCUCGGAGCUAUUCGACGGCGCGAGCCGCAGACAGAACUCGAGUUCCUGACCUUCAGCUACCUCAAACAGAAGGUUGGCCUGCUCCUCCUGACCAGCCUGUUGAGCUCGCCUGCGGGACAGGAGUUCUCGGACGGCGAGAUUGGCGUGCUCGAGGAGGUGCUGGUGGAGAGCAGCCUAGACCCCAGGGUGGUGCUGUCGCUGAUACCGGGGGUGCGCAACGAAAUCAUCCAGGGCCGCCGCGGCAUAUGGAUAUCAAGCGGUAUCAAGCGGACGGCCGAUGCGUUCAUCCGCAGCAGCGAGUUUGAGGAGUCGUCUCGGCACGGCGUGGGCAGCCUGAGUCCUCGGAUACUUCACCUCCUGCGGCGAUUCCUGAUCAAGUGGAGGGGGAUGAAGGGUCUCCCCAGCGUGUCGGAGGAGGUAGAGGUGUAUCGGACGGUGGACGCGGCACUGCUGCUGGUGCUGCUGGAGCUGGACAGGUCGACGCUCCAGACAGCCGGUGGGCGGGCGGCGGGGGCGGGCGGUGCGGUGCGCAAGGAGCUCAACGAGGUGGUGGAUAAGGGCGUGGAUUGCUUCGAGCGGGCGGUGGGUCUGCUGGAGACAUACCACCGGCUCUUCAUCCUGAGCCGACUGUACCAGAGCCGCAAGAUGGCAGGGGACGUGCUGGCGACGUGGCGGCGCAUUGUCGAGGGCGAGCGCGACGACGGGCAGGAGCUACGGGACGGCGAGCUGCGGGUGCGCGAGUACCUAUCGCGGAUCCGCAGCCAGCCCCUCGUGCAGGAGUACGGGGUGUGGCUGGCGCGUCGCAACCCCAAGCUAGGGGUGCAGGUCUUCACCGAGGACAACGGGCGGGCGCCGCGGUUCGAGCCGGAGCACGUGGUGGACAUCCUGCGUGAGGACGCGCCCGACGCGGUAAAAUACUACCUGGAGCACCUGGUGUUCGGCAAGGGCAGCACGGGCUACGUGCGUGACCUGAUCUGGUACUACCUGGACGUGGUGGUGGGGGACCUGGAGUCGUCGGCGGACAGGCGCUCGGCCGUCAUGGCGACGUACGACGCGUACCGGGCGCUCGACUCGCCCAAGCCGGCGUACCGGCACUUCCUGGCGGACAACGCGCCCACUCCGGCCGAGGACGCGGGCGACGUGCACCACAGCCGGCUGCGGCUCCUGCAGCUCCUCAGCGGGCCGCACCCGUACGACGCGGCCGCCAUACGGGCCCGCAUCGCCGCGGCCCUACCCGCCGACCUCCUCGUACCCGAGGCCAUCAUCCUGUCGGGCCGGGAGCGCAACCACGAGGACGCCCUGCGGCUCCUGGUGCACCGCCUGGGGGACUACGACACGGCCGUGUCGUACUGCCUAGGCGGAGGCAAGGGUAUCAUGGGCAGCGGCAGAGUCCCCGGCUCCGAGCCGGCUUCAUCCCCGCCCCCGGCCGACCAGCAACAACGCCUCCUGUACGCCGUCCUAAACGAGUUCCUCCGCAUAGAAGACGUGAGCGACCGCGUUGAGCAGACGGGCGCCCUGCUGGAUCGCUUCGGCCGGUGGUUCGAGGUCGACCACGUCCUGGGCCUGAUACCCGACUCGUGGUCCGUCGACGUCGUGUCCGGCUUCCUCGUCGGCGCCCUGCGACGCCUGGUGGUGGAGCAGAACGAGGCUGUCGUGCGGAGGGCUCUGAACGGCGCUCAGAACCUGCGCGUCAGUCACGAUGUCAUCAGCAAGAUUGAUGAGCUGGGUAGUAGCGUCGAAGCGGGUUGA